AUGCAGGUCUUCGUGAAGAUGGGCCAGCCGCUGGGAUGGCAGGCGGUGGAGGUCGACCCGUACGACACGGUGGCGGCCAUCAGGGAGAAGCUCACGGUCAAGGUCGGGCUGCCCCUGCCUUGGCACAAGAUGAGAGUGAAGAAGUUCUUCCUGGGCUACUUGAAGGACGGUGUCCCCCUGGUGGAGCAGGGCCUUUACCAUGGGGCUCAAUUGGACCUAGCACCAAUCAUGGGAGGCGGGAGAGGUGACGGCGGGCUGGCAGGCGCGGAAUCCAGGGACUGCGAUCUGGCGUUGCACGAGACAAGAAAAGCGGCCAAGGUGAACCCAAUCGAGGAGAGUUGUGCAAGUUGGAGUCGCAGUCAGCUCUCUGGGGAGCAACUGGAGCCGCCCUGUCUCUGUGAUGUGCCUCUCACCUUUCGCAACAAAGAGACCAAAGGGCUGGUGCACAAGUCCCUGCCACAGUCAUUGGACCACAUCAGCAACCUGAGGCAUGUUGUGGACUUGAAGCUGACAGCAAACUCAACGAACUUCCUGGCAGCAAACGGAGAGAGCUACAUGCACACAAAAGAGCAGCUGCUUCAGUUCCCAGUGACAGAACUGGGCUCCACUGGUGAGCUUGGCUUUUCAGCUCUGUGCAACACUGGACGUUUUGUGGGCCAAGAGUCCGAGAACAAACACCCUGAGGUUAUUGAAGGCUGCAAGGGAUGUGGCUCGGACAAGGAGGACCUCAUGCAAAUCAAUGGGGGACAGGAGGAGCUGCCUGCACUGAAGAAGCACUUGAUGUAUCGGGGUCCGGCAGAAGAGGUAAAGAAGGGGAAGAAGCGCACUGUAGAAAAUGCAGACCAGCAACAAACGCAGCAUGAGAGCUUGGAGCCUAAGAAAGUGAGGGUGACAAAUUUUGCUCCCCUGCUGGCUUCGAAGGACGUCUAUGCAUCGAUCUUCAGCUCCACACGACCUUGUGUUGGCCAGGCGCACAGGUGCUGCACUGCGGGUGCAAGGGGCGCCAACCUGCCUCGGCCAGACACCCCCGCUUGUGGUACAUGGCUGACGUGA